UUUUGUGUUAAAAUACAAAUACUUUCAUAAUGGAGAAGAGAAACUGUAAGGUAUGUGUGACAGGAGGUGCAGGUUAUGUUGGUUCUUGGCUUGUCAAGAAGCUUUUAGAGAAAGGAUAUACUGUCCAUGCAACUUUAAGGAACUUGGAUGACCGAUCUAAGGUUAACUUCCUAAAGAGCUUUCCUGAUGCGGACACAAGAUUAUUGUUGUUUGAAGCUGACUUAUAUGAUCCAGAUAAGUUUGAAUUUGCAAUCCAAGGCUGUGAGUUUGUUUUCCAUGUUGCCACUCCCUUCAGACACACCGACGGCUCUCAGUUCAAGAACAUGACUGAAGCCACAAUUGCUGCGGCAAAGAGCAUUGCAAAGUCAUGUAUUAGAUCAGGAACCGUGAAGCGACUAAUCUACACCUCCAGCAUGAUUUCUGCAUCACCGCUUACGCAUGAUGGGACUAGUUUUAAGGACUGCAUCGAUGAAACGUGUUGGACACCUCUUAAUCUUUCCUUUACUAACGAUAAUCUGAGUAUCAUGGAAUAUCGACAUUCGAAAAUACAGACAGAAAAAGAAAUGUUGAGCUACGGCAGCAAUACCGACGGUGACAGGUUGGAAGUGGUAACUCUGGACAUCGGACUAGUGGGCGGGGAAACUCUUCUAUCUUACACACCCUCAACCGUUGCAAUGUACAUUUCGCAGCUUACCAACAGCAAACAUCUCUACCAAGCACUAAGGUUCACCGAAGAUUUGCUGGGAAAAAUUCCAAUGGUACACGUCGAUGAUGUUUGUGAAGCACACAUCUUCUGCAUGGAGAAUCCUUCAAUCAAUGGUAGAUUUUUGUGUGCAAGUUCAUAUGUUUCAUCAGCUCAAAUCGCAAAUUACUACCAACAAAAUUAUCCAGAAUUUCACUUCAACCAAGAGUAUUUGGAUGGGCCAAAAAGAGAAAUAAUAUGGGGCGGCACAAAGCUUAUAGAGAAGGGUUUUGAAUACAAGUACGACACAAAGAUGAUACUGGAUGGUAGCAUCGAGUGUGCGAGAAGAACGGGCGGUCUAAACCAGUGAUGGUUUCUUAUUUUGAAGUUCUGAUGGGUUUUUGGAUAAAAUAAAUUGAUCUACAAUAGUAACGGUUUCAGAAAUUUUUGUUUGGAUAGGUCAAAAUAAAAUAUAAUAACAUAUAAUAUUUAUAUUCUA